CGGAUGUUACGUUGCUCACCUUGCUGACUUGACAGUGUCAGUGUUUCUGCGGGUGCUGAACGCGGUGGAUAGCAGCCGGAGACAAACCUGCAAAGAUGGCCUCAGCGACAGCAACAUAUGGGCAGAAGGAGGCUUCUGAUCAGAACUUUGACUACAUGUUCAAGAUCCUUAUCAUUGGCAACAGCAGUGUGGGCAAAACGUCCUUCCUGUUCCGCUACGCCGACGACUCGUUCACACCGGCUUUCGUCAGCACGGUGGGAAUCGACUUCAAGGUGAAGACAAUCUACAGGAAUGACAAGAGGAUCAAACUACAGAUCUGGGACACGGCAGGUCAGGAGCGCUACCGUACCAUCACCACCGCCUACUACCGAGGAGCCAUGGGCUUCAUCCUCAUGUAUGAUAUCACAAACGAGGAGUCCUUCAACGCCGUCCAGGACUGGUCAACUCAGAUUAAGACGUACUCGUGGGACAACGCCCAGGUGCUGCUCGUAGGAAACAAAUGUGACAUGGAGGACGAGCGAGUUGUGAACGCAGAGAGAGGCCGGCAGCUCUCCGAGCAUCUGGGUUUCGAGUUCUUCGAGGCCAGCGCCAAGGACAACAUCAAUGUGAAGCAGACCUUUGAGCGCCUCGUCGACAUCAUCUGUGAAAAGAUGUCAGAGAGUCUAGAUGCUGGUGAUCCUGCUGUUACAGGGGCCAAGCAGGGGCCCCAGCUGACAGAGCAGCCCGCCCCUCCUCACCAGGACUGUGCAUGUUAAAACUGACUCAUAUCCUAAAUCCUUUCCCUGCUGUCUUUUGCCCUUGUACUCCUUCAGCUGGACCUCUGGUCCUCAGAUCUUUACCUGCUUCUUUUUGUUUGUUCAUUGGUUGAUAACUUCAAGAAUCAGGCAGAAAAGUGUUCGGUUUCUCCUCAUAAAUCAACUGCAGGCUUGUUUUUAUCAGUGCAGGUCAGUUAAACCAGGUUCAGCAGAACCGGAGCAUUUCAGACCCUUUUGCAGUCCAGGUUCUUGAUGGUUUCCCUGACCUUUGGUGUGAUUUUGCAGAAGGAUUUGACGGCGUGUGCCCUCAGAGUGCCAUUUAAGUCCUUCCAAAAUUUACAAAACUUUCUUUCAUGUCAAUCAAAUGUUUAAAAAAGAUGAAAACCUUGGUUGGAGUGAUGGAAAAGCCCCCAGUGGAGAUCUGUCAGCCACAUUUAAUUUAGUUUUUCCUUCCUUUUUAAACUUGAAAACUGCAGGAAUUAGUAAAAAAAAAAAUACAUUUGAAAUGCUCAGUGGAGCAUUAUCAUGCAGCCUUUUAUUUUUUUUUUUAAACUAUGAUCUUUUCUUUUUCAGUCUUUUACUAAAACGAAAGAAAAAAUAAACAAGCUUUAGCAAAAAGAGCAAAAAGCAAAGAGACACCUUUAUUUAAUAUUUAUUUCAGAUGUACAUACGUAUAAAUGUUGUGCAAUAUAAACAUAUAUAUAGAAAAUAUCUACAGGUAUGCACUACUAGAAAAACAUUUUAGAAAGUCUGAUGUUCUGUAAGGAAAGUAUUAGAUAUUAACGGUCUGUGUUUGUUUGGGUUUGUGCGAGCUGCUCCUCCUCCUCAGAGAAUAACUCAUCCCCCACUGGUGGCUCCUUUUGAAACAUGUAAAAAUUUGACUUUGAACUGAGAAUAAUGUCACAGAUGACUCAAUUCUGUGGGAUUUACAACACUAACAACUGGCAUGAGUUUGUAUGUGACAAUAACACUGAUUUGAACCGGAGUUGAACUUUUAUCGACAUCCGUGAGUUUGUUGUUGACGUCCCCUUUGUUGUUGUUCUUGUCGGUGCGUGCAAAAGACUAAAGAGUAUAAAAAUGCUGCAUCUUUAACAUAUUCCCACGUCCUAUAAAUCAUACGGAUGUGUGGUUCAGAGAAUGGAAAUGAUGUGUUGUUUUUAUGGUAUUUUGCUUUAAUCUCGAGGAAACACCAGGAGAGGUCCUGAACGGAGUUUGUUGACUUUCGCUGGUGGAGCUCUUCAAGCACGACGCUUCAUUUAAACUAAACACGACAGCCACAUAUCUGUUUUGUUAUCUGCUAACAGAAAUAUUCCGCUGACAUUGGGAACAUUUUGAAACCAUCGGGGAUCAUUGUGAUCUAAAGGAUCCAGGCUGCCGGGAGUUUGUAAAGAAAAGCAGGAAAUUCAGAGGCUGAAGGUCUAAAUGCUGAAGGAAAACGUAUCAAACAUCAUCUCGAUUCUUCACGUUUCUUAGCUUCUAGGAAAACAACCUGAGAGUCGGCUUUAGAGCAGCUUCACUGGCUUGCUUGCCGCCUGUUUUAUGGGAUUGUGUCCGUCUUCAGGUAAAUCCUGAACUGGGCGGCUGCUGGAGGAGUAUGGUUGGCUGAGCAAACAGCUGGAGCUAUUUACAGCUGUUUAUAAAGUCAACAAGACAGUUUUCCUGGGCCUGCCCUCUCCCAGAAACUGUUAUGACUCACGUUUUAAUUAGUUUCCCUUAAACUAAAAUAGUUUUUGUUUACUGAAGAUUACUGCAAACGCAUCUAGUUGUUGCUGCUUCUCAAAGCCAGGAAAAGAUGUUUUAUAUAUUCGGAGCUUUAAUAGGAAAAAGGUUGUGAACCUUAACAAUAAAAUAAACACAAAUGAGGAGGACUGAGAAAGCAAAGCACGAUAAAAAGUGGGACAAAAGUAAUCAUAGACCAACAAAGUUGGUGUUUUUUUUUUUUAGGUUGAACUAAUCUUAUUGGUGUUUGUUUUGACAGAGAAAGAAGUCCCCAGUCAACGUUUCAGUGGUUUGAAUCCCGUGUAGCUUUUACUUCUUACUGGUCGUGACUGUUUUGAUUUCAGAUAAAGUCUAAACUUAUGACCCGUUCUCCCUUCUAAUACGUCUUCCUCUCCAUAUAAGCCUGGUUUGUAAAUACUCUACCUAUGAGUCAUGUGUGGAUUGUGUUGUAUUGACUCAGGCUUGCAUCAAAAUAAAAAUCACUCAAGAAAAAAGCAGAAAAGAUCUGAAAACUCCAAAAGAGUCAUGUUGUACUGUAUCUGCGUUUAUUUCUAGGCCUGCUUGUGAAUGAAUGUGUCACUCAGUUAUGAAGCAGUGCACUGCCCACGCCAGCGUAGUCCAGAAAAACAAACGCCAUCCAGCUUGGUAGAGGUUGCCGACCGUAGAUCUUCGACGACGAGCACGCAGAAACUUUGAUCUUGUGUCACUGCCUCUUCAGAUCCUUUCCAUUUGGGCCAUUAAAGUGAGAGAAUAUGCUGUGGAUGUUUUUAUCUGUAUUUUGUGGUAAAACAAUAAAAAAAUAUGCUAAAAAUUUGA